ACUUGUUGCUCUCCUCCCUCUGACUACUUUAGUUCCAACACAGUGACUGGGAAUCCAGACUGCACUGGGAGAUAGGCAGAAGCUGAGGAAGAAAUAAUAUCUGACCUAGGGUUCCAGAAGCUGUAAUACCGUUUCAUUUAUCCUCUUCAGGCGAGACUCUGACCUGGAGGCUGAUCUCAAGGAUACUCUUGGAGGAUUCCCUGAGGGUUUCCCUUUGCUUCAACUGUUAGCCUCCGUGCUUCCCCUGAUCAUUCCUGAAAAUGGACCGAUCCACGCAAGAGCUUUUCCUCAACUUCAUGAUUGUCCUCAUAACUGUGCUCCUCAUGUGGAUUCUGGUGAAAUCUUAUCAGGAGUAAAAGACUGUGCCAUAUGCCGUGAAUGAAUUUAAGUUUGUGUCUGCAGAAGUAUGUGACAUCUACUGUACACCUGUGUGAUUAGCUUCAUGUAGCUCUAGAAUGUCAUCUUUUUUACUCUAAAACACCUGUUGCCUGAGAUAAUCUGUGUGUUUUACAUGGGUCUAUGAUGAUGCAAUUAUUUUAUUCUUUGGCAAUCCAGCUGUAAAAUGUACAAGGCAAGAUCCUCAGUAGUUGUUACAUAUGAUUGUCCCUCCAACAGUUACUGUCUCCAUGAACGGAGACAAAAGAAGCAUAAACCUACUGAGCUGAAAGAGAUGUGGAACCUUUUCAUUUGCUCACCAUUGUACUCUCCUGAAUAAAGAAGAAAAUAUAAGACA